UAGGUGCUAUAAGCCGCUUUAUUUUCGAGUAUUGCAACAUAAUGUAAUAAUAGGAUGGCUAGCAAUAAUGUAAGUGAGGUUGCCGCCUUAAUAACAGAAAUUAUUUGCAACCUAAAUGGCAGCACUCUACAGGCACAACUAAAACGUGCAGCUCAGAAAGAGGUAGAAAAGCCCACAGUCACAUCUGCCACUCUGAAAUCGGAUAUCAUUAGUUCAUUAAAAACAUCGGGGUGGGAAAAAAUCUUACGGAAUGAAAUCUACAAGCAAAUAAACUGUAUUCCAAAAUGCUUUGAUAGCUCUAUCCCUUUUGAAUGUCAGAAAGAACCUCUUAUGUAUAUGAGGAAAGCUCAAGCAAAUUGGGAGAAGCGAAUAUUAAAGAGUAUGAACAGCAUGUGCACUGAACUAAGCAUUCCUCUUGCUCGUAAACGACCCGCUGAUGAACAAAGAGAUUUACUUCAUAAAUGGAAUGAAAUGGGAACAGAUGAGCCAGAUUUAAGCCACUUUCGGCCUGUCUAUGCUCCAAAAGAUUUCUUGGAAGUUAUUUCAAGUGUCAGAAAUCCCAACUAUCGUAGUUUGUAUGGUCAUGAAUCUGAAGAAUAUCCUGAAGUAUGUAGUGAACACUGGGGUCUUAUACAAGUCCCAUUGGAAGUCCCUAAACUUACAGAACUGCAAGCGAAAUUCUCAGAGUUUUGUUCCAGCCUUCCACAAGGAGGGAUUGAUGACAGUGUUGAUGCCCCAACAGAAUCCUUUCAAAAUGAAAGGAACAGAAUAGCAAGGAGAGUAUUAGAUGAAAAACGUGGAGUGCUAGCCCAACAUUUCUGCAGACGAGGUUGUCCGAGUGGUAAUCGUGCCGAAAUGUGGCAACUCGCACUAGGUGUCACUGUGGAUCACUUGGCGAUAUUAAAGUACGACCAACUGAAAGGUUAUGUUCUGCAACAUGAUCUACUGGUUGACAGUUUAAUUUACAAGGACGUUAAACUGACUUCUGUGAAUGAUGAUUAUUACUUUGUGUUCGAGGAUUAUUUGUAUCAAGUAUUGCUUGUGUUUUCAAGGGACACGACUGUACUGGAUCACUUUGUGCACAGUAGUGCUUCACCCCCUAAGUCUUAUAUUAGAGGAAAGCUUGGUCUUGAAGAAUUUUCUGUUAUCUAUCCUCCUAAUGGUGUAAUUCCUUUCCAUGGUUUCUCCAUGUAUGCUACACCAUUAUGUUAUCUCUACUCAGAACCUAUUCGACUUUAUUACAUGUUUCGUGAGAUGUAUACGAGAUAUUUUCACAGGUUACAUUCAAUAUCUUCACACCCCCAGGGCAUCAUAUCACUGUGUUUGUUAUUUGAAUCAACCUUACAAUCCACUCAUCCAAGGUUAUUUCGGCAUCUUCAAGAAAUAGGGUGCCAACCUUUAAAAAUUGCGUUUAAAUGGUUGGUUCGUGCGUUUUCUGGUUACCUGGCAACUGAACAACUCCUGUUACUAUGGGAUCGUAUCAUUGGAUACGGAAGUUUGCUCAUUCUUCCUCUUCUUGCUGUUGCUAUUUUCCUCUUCCGUCAAUCAAACCUUCUUCUCAUAACAUCUGCAAGUGGUGUUGAGGGUUCCUUAGCAGACAUUACGACACUACAUGUUGUUCCACUGUUACAACUCAUACUCUUCCCAACUUAAAGAGUUUUAGUUUUUACAGGGUUAGGCAAGGACAAACACUUCAUUCAAAGUGUUGAAGUCGACCUCACAACAGAUACCCACUGUGCCAUACUUCAUUGUACUUUAUUAUUCUUAGCAUUCUCCAGAAACGCAGAAUCGAAAGAUGGCUUUAACGUAUACACGCUUAUAUAGAAGAUGUUUUAAAAUAUAAUUAACGCCAAAGCACCGGUUCAA